GUCAUUGCGUAAGUGACGUCGUCAACACUGCAGUCUCUCACUAGCAGCUGCAGUAGCAGAACCACAGCACGCCCAUCAAAACCUCUGAAUUUCCAGUUCCAACCAGCUAACAUUGAAGAAAAGGACAUAAUGGAGGCAGCAUCUUCUUCCCAGCUGGACCCAGAUCUAAUAAGGGAGGUUCUUGAAUGCCCUAUCUGCCUGGAGACCUACAACCAGGAUCAAAUGAGACCCAAACUCCUGCAGUGUGGUCACACAGUGUGCCGGCAGUGUCUAGAGAAGCUAUUGGCUAAUACUAUAAAUGGAGUGCGCUGCCCCUUCUGUAGCAAGGUGUCCCGUAUGAGCAGUAUCUCCCAAUUGGCCGAUAAUCUGACUGUGCUCAAGAUCCUAGAUUGUACUACAUCCUGCAGUGCUGCUACUGCUGCCCUAAUGUGCAAGUCCUGCUGCAACCGCCUACCACGACAGUACUGCCAUGAUUGUGCUACAGUCCUCUGUGAGCUCUGUAAAGGGGAGGGCCACCUGCAUCAAGGCCAUUCUGUCCAGCCGAUUAGGGUGGCUGCUGAACAGCGUCGUAAAGAACUAGGUGGCAAGCUGACUUCUCUGCGUGAUGUUAUGGGUGAUAUUCAGAAGAAAAAGACAGCUAUUGAAAACAUCUCUAAGUCCUUGAGACUAAAGUACCAGGCAGUGCAGCAGGACUAUACUUCAGCUGAGCUACGUCUUCAAGAGGAACUCAGCAGGUCUCGAAGGACAUUCACAGCUUCCAUGGCAGAAGUGGAAAAGCUUAAUGGGCAAGUCCUGGAGGAGCAGACGUAUCUCCUCAACAUUGCAGAGGUAAAAGUGGUGUCACGCUGUGAUUAUCUGAGAAUGUUGGUGAGGCAGAGCGAUAUUGCUUUGCUAAAGGAUGAUGGCGAAGGCAAUGAUGACGAAGAGCUAGAUUUGAGGAGCAGCUUGCCCAUCAUGUUUCAGCUGCAAGAGCCAGAGCUGAUCAGAACAGAGCACUCUAAGCCUGUAGAAGUGGGCCAAGUGACCACAAAUACUUAUACUGUCAAUACAGAGGAUGAGGAGAGUGGUUUGGAGAUAGCACUUGAGGGUUAUGUAGAGAGUGAAACUGGGGCAACAGGGGCUACCGGUGGUGGAAGGGGGGCUCCAAUGGAUCAUUACCGAGACAUUGACAUGGUUGCAGCUGUAGAGGAUGCGGCAUGUGGUUCACCAGGCAGCUUUAAGUCAAAGUCUAUGGAUGCAGGUGGGGGAUCACCUGGUGGAGCUGGGGCAAGUGCAGGGCCGGCAGUCUGCCAGUUUGUGAAGAAGAUGGGCUGCAAGGGAACGCUACCUGGCAUGUUCAAUUUACCAGUCAGCAUCUGUGUAGCACAACAAGGUGAGGUCCUGGUGGCUGACCGUGGCAACUACCGCAUCCAGAUCUUUAAUCGCAAAGGUUUCCAGCGUGAAAUCCGCCGCAAUGCCAGUAGCAUCGACAACUUUGUCCUGAGCUUCCUUGGGGCUGACCUGCCUAACCUCAUCCCCUUAUCCAUUGCUGUCACUCCUCAAGGCCUGAUUGGGGUCACUGACAACUAUGAUAACUCGGUUAAAGUCUACACUAUGGAUGGACACUGUGUGGCUUGCCAUAAGAACCAGCUGAUUAAACCCUGGGGAAUUACUGCCAUGCCAUCAGGUCAGUUUGUGGUGUCAGAUGUGGAAGGUGGCAAGCUGUGGUGUAUCGCAGUGGACCGCAAUUUAGGUGUGGUCAGCUACAAUCGAUUGUGCUCUGCUGUGCGGCCAAAGUUUGUGACAUGUGAUGCGGCUGGAACAGUCUAUUUCACUCAGGGCCUAGCCCUGAACUUUGAAAAACGUCACAAUGAGCCCCACCUGGAAGGGGGCUUCUCUAUUGGCUCAGUGGAUGCAGACGGCCAGCUAGGCAAGCAGCUCAGCCAUUUCUUCUCAGAGACGGAGGACUUCCGCUGUAUCACUGGCAUGUGUGUGGAUGUCAAUGGGGAUUUGCUGGUAACGGACAGUGGCAGGAAAGAAAUCCUCCAGUUUCCCAAAGAGGGUGGAUUCAAAAUUCUUAUCCAUGAAGGGCUAAACUGCCCUGUAGGAGUGGCCACCACCCAGAAAGGACAACUGCUUGUACUGGAUUGUUGGGACCACUGUGUCAAAGUCUACACAUACAUUCAGAGGAGGCACUCCUCCACUUCCUAGAGGACCAAUCCAGUCUUUCUGCACAUGAGAGGUUUAGUAGUGUUGGUAGGUAUGGAAAUUUGGAAAAGGUUAUCUGUCACUUUAGUUUGGCUGCACUCCAAACAAGUCUCACUCCAGCAUUCAUUGAGUUAAUACAGUAAUGUUCUAGUCAAUUUGGUUUAGUUUAAAACCCACUGCAUUUUAAUUUAAUACCUGAAAUUAAAAAUAUGCUACUUAAGCUGCCUUGUACCUGAUUAUUGGAACGGAUCACAACACUGAAAACAGACCUUGCAAUAUUUUUACAUCAAAGAAUACUGGCACAAGUUUUGCAUUAAAAUAAGCAAAAGAAGCCAUUGAUGUCAAAGCUAAUGCAGGCACAAAGUAUAGACGAUUCCCUUCCUCUGUUUUACUGCUAUAUCCACCAUUUAGCCUCACUGUGUGCGAUGCAUGGCUUUCACUGAUCUGGCUUUGCAAAAGAGAAACUGGAUGAAGAAGAGCUGAAAAUGAACAUGUAUUUACAUAUAAAAUUAAGCAUACCAAGGAUUUUGGCCUGUGAAGCACUUUAUUAUUGACACAACACUGUUUCCUAGGUUUCAGUAGCACAGACUAACAUUGAUCUUGCUGAAUGCAGCUGCCAGCUUUAAAGUUUACUGUGCAGUUAGCUAAUGGCAAAACAGUAACUGAGUAUCAGCAUUCAUUGAAUUGCAUUUAGUAACAUUCAGGGAACAUUAAGUGUAGAAACCUAAGUUACCUACAGGAUAGAGGGUUGAACCAGCAUGAUAGGCUGUGGAGGAAAGCUGGGUAAUAUGGGGCAAGGGUGAAAUGUCAUUUACUGGGGUUCUGUGGGUUAAAUGCAGUCAGAAUUAUGGUUACAGAUGUUUAAUUUGUAGACCACAUUAUCAUUAUGUCCCGGUACUUAUUAAUACUACCUAGCUAGCCUGUGUGCUGUGUAUUUUGGAGUAGCACAUCAGUCUAAUGACUUUUUCAGAGCAAAUAUUACUCAAAUCUACUGUCUGAUCAUCAAACCCUUUUCCCUGUAUGUUAUUUCCUUCAUCGCUCUCCUAGUGACAUCCCAGCCACAGCCUUACUUAUGUCACUAGGCGGCAGGUUGAGGUAACCAGCUGUAAGAUAAUAUUAUUGUCAUCUGCCCUGGACCCUAUUCUAGCUGUUCUGCUCAGUCGUACAUACAGUAUCACUACAAUUUCAGAUGUUACAUCUCCUUCUGCUUGCCAUUUAUUUAAAAGUUAGCUUUGAUCACAAAACACAGUAGCUCCUACUUCUCAGACAGAACUGUGUCCAUUAUGAUUAGAGUAACAUUAUGAUUAGGUUCCAGAUGACCUUUGUAACCUGGAAGGCUUUUAAAAUGUCAAAUCAUCUAUAAAUGACUUUUUGUUACAAUAUCAAAAUAGCCAACACUAAAAAGCUCCCAGACCACAUUAAGCGUUAGGAGUACAGCAUGCAUCUACAACUUGAAUAAUGUUUACAAACUUUGUUCAAACCUGCCUUUUAUUCCAAAAAACUUAUUCCAUGCCAUUGUUUCCUCACGCCUGGCCUGCGGUUAAACAAAUCUUUUUCGGGAUCACUGGCAGGAGUGUUCAGAAUAGCGCUGCUAGGAUAAUGAUGAGUGAAAAACUCCAGCAUCACACACCAGACCUGGCUUUGUUACACUGGGAUGUUGGAUCUGUGUUGCUAUGUUUCUCUCAGGAUUUUAUUCAACACUACACAACUUGCAACCUGUGUUCUCCAGUGUUGGCAGAUAGGGUAAAGACAACAGCUUUAUACAGUCUUUUGCAAGUUUGUGGUAGUCAAGAUUAAAUUCAUCUACCGUAUAUCUGCAUGCAUUUCAUUUAUUAUUUUAUUAUGUAGAUUUAGUGGACUUCAUUGUCCAUAUUAAGCAUUAUAAAUAUAAUGCUUUCAGGUAAAAUAAAAUCAAAAUAUUUAGUGGCCUCAAUUUUGGGAAUUAAGUUAAUCAUUGAAAUCCACCCAUGUAUGUAACAUAUUCUAUGUCCAUAAAUACAUAAGUAGUAAAUAUGCCUUCCCGCCAAUACGUAUCUUCCAGUCCAGAUAUGCUCAUAAGAGCAUAUCACAUACUGACUCAGUUUCAGCCUUAAAAAUAAAGUAUUUCACAAAGCUGACCUUAUAAACAUUAUCGUAAACAAUAAGUGUUUGUAGUAUUUCUACAUAAAGUGAUAAGGAGUAGAAAACAAGUAGAACUGAAUUUAAGUAUCAAGUGAAGUCUGUCACAGUCAUUUCCCCUGUGCAUUUUUAUUUGUUUUAUUGUUAGGCCAUGUUAUAUCAACACUAAACCAAUAGAUUAUAAUUCAAGAUCGUCUCAGCUGCAUGUCAACCUUGCCAUAAAAACAUUUAUUCAGUGCUUUCACUGUAUACAUGGUCACUAGAAGUAGUUAUCACUAAAUAAUAUUCACAAUUUACAGUGACAGAAAAAUGCAUAAAAUGCCAGAAAAAAAAAUCAAGUGUCCUUGUGUCAGUGUGCUACACCAUCUGUUUUAUUCUGUUAUUAGAGAGAAGUUAUUUCCUUGCAUACGUCUUCAAAGUGUGUUAAUUUGUACCAUUGGAUCGAAAUACUGCAAUGUGUCAAUGAACCAAACUCCCAUGUGUUAUGUCCUUUGAAGCCUGUGGAUUUUACAAUGUAUUGAACACAGUACAGACAUCUCUGUCUAGUCAAAUUCAUGUUUGUAUUGUUGAUUAUCUGAGUGCAAUAAACAUUUAUGAACAACUUAAA